AGUAACCAAUGUCAUCGUGGUGCUGAGGCUUUUGCAAAGCAAAAAUGUCUGCCUAAGGGAAACUCGUAACUGAUAUAUAUAGAGGAUAUUCCCCCAGUUAUUGCUGUUUAAACCCACAUUUCGCUGUUCUGAGGCGUCUUUUCAGAAAACGACUCUUCACCAGAUCACCCUAGUCGGGAUUUUAAUCGGAAAACAGCUUUCUAGAUCGCCAGGAUGAACCCCCAGCAGCGGAUUGCCGCUCUCGGAACUGACAAGGAACUAAGUGACCUGCUGGACUUUAGUGCGAUGUUCUCUCCACCUGUAAGCGGAGGGAAAAAUAGGCCUACCACACUUGGAAGCAGUCAGUUCAGUGCAUCAGGUAUGGAUGAGCGGACCACCCAAGCAUCUUGGACCCCAGGUGGCGAGUCCAGUCCUUCCUAUGAGUCCAGUCCUUCUUAUGAGUCCUCACGGGGCUUCGCAGACAGCCCUCAUUACAGCGAUCAUUUGAGUGACAGUCGAUUAGUGUCCCAUGAAGGAUUGUCCCCAACACCUUUUAUGAACUCAAACAUAAUGGGUAAGUAAGUGACUCCUUUCAACUCACCCUCAUAUGCCCUUUGGUGGUGGAAAGACAUCCUAAAAAAACUGAUUGAGAUUAAGGCACAUCAUUUACUGGAGGCAGCAGGACUGAAAGGCUUGCAGGCUACAGGACAAUUUUCUUCUCG